UACAAAAGGGAGGAGUAGGGUCUCCACGGCACUUCGCCAUCCAGGAUGUGCAGGGAGAUUCUGACCGAGUCCUGGUCGCACUAGCUCGCCUGCACAGCCCCCUGGGAAACGAGCCUGGAAUUCCUGUUGGGAGGAGGGUGGGGGAAGGGGAGCCAGCAGGGAUUCCAGAGUUCCUACCAUCGGCCGGCCUUUGGCCAUCAGCAUGGAGAAUUCGUGCUGUGACCUUACCGGUGGAGGAAGUGACCCCCAGACUGCAGCUGUGCACUUCCUUGGUAAGGCUGGCCUCUCUGCCGUCUGAGGUCUGAGCUCUGCCAUGGGGGUAGGGGUGUCUUUACUGCUGCAGUUUUCUCUGACAUCUGGGGGCUACCAGAGUGUGGGCCGAAGCAGGCGCUGCAGCCGCAGAAGUCUCCCCAGGAACAUUCCCAGGAGGAGCUGGAAGCACCCUCACCUCCAGCUCCACUGUCUCCAGGCAGAGGAAGCACCGAUGCUGGAACGCCGCUGCAGGGGCCCCCUGGCCAUGGGCCCUGCCCAGCCCCGACUCCUUUCUGGGCCCUCCCAGGAGUCGCCCCAGACCCUGGAGAAGGAGCCCCGUGGGCUGAGGUUACAAGGCACUUCUGCAUCCUCGUCGGGCAGCCAAGCCCCGGGUAGGGCCCAUCGCUGUGCGCACUGUCGAAGGCACUUCCCGGGCUGGGUGGCCCUGUGGCUUCAUGCCAGACGCUGCCAGGCCCGGCUGCCCCUGCCCUGCCCUGAGUGCGGCCGUCGCUUCCGACACGCCCCCUUCUUGGCACUGCACUGCCAGGUCCAUGCUGCUGCCACCCCAGACCUGGGCUUUGCCUGCCACCUCUGCGGGCAGAGCUUCCGAGGCUGGGUGGCCCUGGUUCUGCAUCUGCGGGCCCACUCAGCUGCAAAGCGGCCCAUCGCCUGUCCCGACUGUGAGAGACGCUUCUGGCGCCGAAAGCAGCUUCGAGCUCAUUUGCGGCAGUGCCACCCCCCUGCCCCUGAGGUGCGGCCCUUCAUAUGCGGCAACUGUGGCCGGAGCUUUGCCCAGUGGGACCAGCUAGUUGCUCACAAGCGGGUUCAUGUAGCCGAGGCCCUGGAGGAGGCAGCAGCCAAGGCUCUCGGGCCUCGGCCCAGGGGCCGCCCUGCGGUGACCGCCCCCCGGCCCGGUGGAGACGCCGUUGACCGCCCCUUCCAGUGUGCCUGCUGUGGCAAGCGCUUCCGGCACAAGCCCAACCUGAUCGCCCACCGCCGAGUGCACACGGGCGAGCGGCCCCACCAGUGCCCGGAAUGUGGGAAGCGCUUCACCAAUAAGCCCUACCUGACCUCACACCGGCGCAUCCACACUGGCGAGAAGCCCUACCCGUGCACCGAGUGCGGGCGCCGCUUCCGCCACAAACCCAAUCUGUUGUCUCACAGCAAGAUCCACAAGCGAUCCGAAGGGUCCGCCCAGGGCGCUCCUGGCGCGGGGAGUCCCCAGCUUCCAGGCGGCCCCCUGGAGCCCUCGACAGAGCCCACCCCAGACGCCACGCUGCACCCUGCCCAGGAGCCUGCACCGGAGCCUCUGCUGGAGGCCCCAGGAGAGCCCCCGCAGGACCAGACGGCAGCCCCCCCAUCUCUCUACAGCUGCCAUGACUGUGGCAGGAGCUUCCGGCUGGAGCGCUUCCUGCGGGCCCACCAGAGGCAGCACACGGCCGAGCGGCCCUUCACCUGCGCCGAGUGUGGGAAGAACUUCGGCAAGAAGACCCACCUGGUGGCUCACUCCCGGGUCCACUCCGGCGAGCGGCCCUUCGCCUGCGAGGAGUGUGGGCGCCGCUUCUCCCAGGGCAGCCACCUGGCGGCGCACCGGCGUGACCACGCCCCCGAGCGGCCCUUCGUCUGCCCGGACUGCGGCAAGGCUUUCCGCCACAAGCCCUACCUGGCAGCCCACCGGCGCAUCCACACCGGCGAGAAGCCCUACGUCUGCCCCGACUGCGGCAAGGCCUUCAGCCAGAAGUCUAACCUGGUGUCCCAUCGGCGCAUCCACACGGGCGAGCGCCCCUACGCCUGCCCUGACUGCGACCGGAGCUUCAGCCAGAAGUCCAACCUCAUCACCCACCGCAAGAGCCACAUCCGGGACGGCGCCUUCUGCUGCGCCAUCUGCGGCCAGACCUUUGAUGACGAGGAGAAGCUCCUGGCCCAUCAGAAGAAGCAUGAUGUCUGAGAGGGCAGGGGCUGUGGAGGCUGCGGGAGGGCGGGCCUGGGCGUCAUUCACCCGGGAACGUGGCAGUGGGCCUUGGGGCCUGAGUUGCUGCUGGUGUGGGCAAGGGAUGGGAGAGAGGCGGGGAGUGAGCUGGGCCUAGUUAGAGGGAGGUCAAGCCCGCCCAGGCGGCCAGGGAAGCAACUUACAGAGCGUCCAGACCCCAGCCUCCAGUGGGUGUUUGCUAAGGUUCCGUCCUCACUGUCCUGUGCCCUGGAAAAGUAGCAAUAGCAGCCCCCCACUUAGAGCCCUCCGGCUGGAGGGGCCACCAGUGGACAGGAAGACCCUUCUCCUCUGGUGUUAACGCCUUAACGUCCCAGUCUUUUAUUAUGAGUUCCUUCAUCUCCUUCUUGGAGGUAGGUGUGGUACAGCCCUUAGUAAAUGAGUGCUCAGGAGGAAAAGUGGGCCAGCUGGCUAAACCUGGGAGAACCUGCCAGCCUUGUUAGGCAGUACCUGGGCCUUUUCCAGCACUAGGAGGUGAAGCUGAGCUGCUCUAACCUGUCCCACCCUGUCCCCUCCGUCCUGCCCCUGCACUGGUACCCAGACUUGGAGAGACCCGUCUACUGUUAGUGCUCAGCUCAUCCCCUUCCUCCGAGAAGGUCAACCCCCUGGUAUUUCCCCAUCGGUCUGACUUGCUUUAUCCACCACCCUCGCGGCGCUUAGAGCAUCCCCUGGCUGUCAGCAGCUGUGUCCAGGCUUUUGUCUAACAGCAGCCCUCCUCACUCCCAGAACUAACCCGUGUGGAAAGGACCGCCCCAUUGAUGACGGAGGGUCAGCUGAUGGGAAUAGGGGUGAAUUUCCUAUCCCACAUUUCCAGCCUAUGGAUGCCCAGCCUCUGCUUGAACACUGAGGUGAUAGGAAGUCCCCACCUCCUGAGGCCCUGGUUCUACUGUAGGAUAAUUCUAAUUGUUAGAAAUUCUUCCUUAUAGUGAAUGAAAUCUGCUUUCCUGUAAUUUCUACCUAUUGGGCCUUGUUCUGUUCUCUGGAACUAAACAGGACAACCACUUACCCUCCUUUUCAAACUAGAAAAUAAAGAUUUGGUUUUAGAACUGG